AUGCAUACUAUUAUAAGUAUGGCUUCUGCUAGAUUCUAUUAUACGAGUAUAGGUGAUACAAUCUGUUGUGAUACUUGUGAAUUAGGAGUAUCUAGAUGGAUGUUAGACGUGAAACCAUUUGUUAUUCAUGCACAACGCAGCCCCAAAUGUGCAUUUGUUCGCUCAAUUCUAUUCGAUGAUAUGACUCCUAAAUCAUUAACGAUAAAUCUUCGUGAAAUGAAUUCGGCGUUAAUGAAUGAUAAAAAGCCAUCUAAACAUCAGAAAAUUGAAGCAACACAACAAAUACGAAAACAAACUUUUUCACAUUGGUCACAUAGAAAAUCACCUUCAAGUCAACAAAUGAUUGAAGCUGGUUUCUUCAAUUGUAAUGUUGGUGAUCGUGUCAUUUGUUUAUAUUGUAAUCUUAUCUGUCAAAAAUGGACACCACAUACAGAUGAUCCAUGUCAAAUGCAUAAAACACUUUCUCCUAAAUGUUCAUAUGUCAUUUCAAUGUUAGAGAAUCAACCAAUAUCAUCAGUUCAUAUCAUUAAUGAACAGGCCAUGAUAGAUAGCCCUAUAAUGACAACCAAUAACAAUACAUGUCUGAAUAAUAAGAUUGUUGACCCUGCUAUAUGCCAUACAAAUUAUACUGAAACCUCUAUGUGUCAUGCUUCUUUUGGACAUGACAAUGAUGAGGAUGAUGAAGUCACUUUCUCAUCUCCUAUUAGAAGUCGUCUUGAUUUAUCGAUCUCGCAAAAUUUAAUUGCUCAAGGUUUCCAUUUAUCAAUCAUCAAACGUUGUUAUAAAGAUCAAUUCGAUUUAAAACAUGAUGAUUUUGCUGAUGAUUCCGAUCUUCUAGUAGCUUGCAUGAUUCUUCAAAAACAAAUUGAACGUAUUGAUAAUAAGAAAGAAAAUAUUAUUAUUCCGAAUAUAAAAAUGAACGAGAUUCGUCAACGAGAACAAACAGGUAUCUGUAGUUCAACUUAUAUAUGA